UUCAAUGUGUGACGAAGGUUAAGUGGAGUUAACUCAAUCUGUUGAAAGUCUUCAAUGUGUGACGAUGGUUUAAACUGGGGUGAAUUGAAUCUGUUGAAAUCCACCAGCAAUGUGACGAUGGUCAACUGGAGUUAACUGAAUCUAUGCUGCAAUGUUUGACGAAGAUUAACUGGACUGAAACUGGUCGUUAAUUUGCUGAAAUGCUUCAAUAUGUGUCGAAGGGGCUUACAGAAUCUGUUGAAAUUCUUCAAUCGGCAUUAUUACCCUUGAAAUUCUCCAGGAGAAAUGGAUUUCUUUAGAACAGAAGGAGUUUCCUUCGUUGACAAGGCGUCCAAAAACGACCACAAGCAGGAUGCAUCUCCACAAAAGACUCAAAAAUUCUGCAACAAUUUUUCCAUCGAAUCAAUUUUGAAUAGCACCAAUCAAACGUUAAGCUCAGCAGAUGGUACGUCACGUGCUUUAUCUCACAGUGAGGCCGAUUAUCCAAUUGGCAUCCUUGAUCGAAAUUCAGAAGAGUCAAAUGCGAAUCCCAAUAAACGCAUGCGCACAACCUUCAGUUCUCUUCAGCUCGAUGAAUUAGAAAGGGCGUUCCAAAAAACACACUAUCCUGAUGUUUACAUGCGGGAAAAACUAGCUGCCAGGUCCGGUCUACCAGAAUCAAGAAUUCAGGUUUGGUUUCAAAACCGACGGGCAAAAUGGCGGAAGAGGGAAAAGCACGCGUUAAGUGGUCACGUGAUGCACGAUAGCGGCUCUGGCCUGGGGUUCCAAUGGACGCCACAGCAACACAGUGGCCUGUUGAUACCACACUGUUUAUAUCCACGACCACACCCACUGGUAUCGGGGCUACCGAGCGCCCUCCUCCCACUCCAGAUGUGCAGUAUCAUCUCAUCAAACCUGAACGAUGACCUCGAAGGGACGGCAAGGACAAGCCUCCAGUUGAAGGCUCGCGAACACGCGGCAUCCAUUGCGUUAAUGCACAUCAGAAACUCAUUCUAAGUCAGAUUCAGUCAAGUUGGGUGUAGAAUUCCUGACAUAUUACAUCUCGGCUGAUCCGAAAGGAACGUUUCUCUUGGUGAUACUGUCUUUAAAACCGUGUGGGCGUGUUGGUACGGAUUGGACUUAAGGCACCUGGAAAGUUCACGCCGACCAUUCAAACGAAACGAAAUUUAGAGAAAAAUCAAGUACGGCCAAUAACGGAGGCUGAAGAACUCUUAAAAGCACACAGGAUUUAGGUCAUGCUGUUUAGGAAAGCGGGAUCCUGUCAAACGUGUCUCCUGCCUUCUUCAUUCUAACAGGUCUUCAUUCUAUUAUUAGAAUGUAAAAUAGACAAGCUUUAAUCUUACGAGGCGGCGACUUCACGUAUUAAGUGGAGGUACAGCAUGGGUGCCUCUCAGACCACGAUGGUACUUCUUGGUGACAUUAUUAAUUGACCAAUUGAAGAGAUUUAUCUGUUAUUCUCAAAAUACUCUCGUUAUGGUAUACUAUCCCCUGUUAAUUGAUAUAUACCCCUGAUAUAAAAAAACACGGUGCAUUUUCAAAAUUUACGAUAUCAAGUAUACCUCUUUAUUUCAUCAUAUAAUCUCUCAGAGAAGUUAGCCAUGAACAUACAUGUAUAAAUCUUUUUUUAAUGCAAAAUUGUUUUACUGUGCCAUCCUUUCAGAUAUGCUUAAUCAUAACUCGAUUCUCCACGAUGUGUAUUUCCAUAUUUUUAUGUUGGUGAUUAUACUAAUGCAGAAAAGUACAGCUUGACCUUGAACGUCCUGAAGAUACAAACAACUCCAGUAUAUAAGAUCUGUAUAUAACUAAGCUGUCGUAAGAGAAUAAAAAACAAUAUCGAGUUUUGAAUAUAAGAGGUUUUCAUUAAAAUACAUUCGACGCUUGCUACUUAUUUUAAACCCUUCUUCGGGUAAUCGAGAUUCGCCCAACCCUUAUUUUUCUGUUUUCUGG